AUGCCAAAGCCAACGCCAACUAAAGUGAUGCGAUCGCCGCCAGCCACUAGGGCUUCUGGGAGCGCUACAGUGUCUCCAUCGGAUACCGGCGAAUCUUCUACAGAAUAUUUGACUCGUAUGUACGAAAAGAGGUUAGCGGCUAUGAUGGCGGAAUUUAAGAAGCAAAUGCAUGCAAUGCAGAACCUUUUCGUCAUCAAUAAUCAGCAACUUCAAACCAGUGCAAGCCUUCAAUGGGAUGACGUCGAUAUAAUUCGAAAUCUGAAAAAUCGCUCAACUCCCCCACCUCAAAAACGUAUAAAAAGUGCAGACUUAUUUCGUGCCCAACACGGCAUUAAUUCGGAACGAGAUUUUCCAGUGAUUGGGCAGCAUUCAUUAAGCAGGGAUCAAAAGAUUAUUUCAAGUGAUUGCGAGCAGAUUGCAGCAAUUAACGAAUCUAAUAUAGAAUCCUUAGUAGAGAGAAGACAAACACUGCAAAAUCAACGUACAGGUACUGAAUCGAUGGAUGAUGGAAGUCUAGAGCACAAGUCCAAUAUUAGUGAUGAGGAUACUCUUGAGCAUAUAGAUGGACAGCAAGUGAAUAAUGAUUCACUACACCAUCCACGUUCUACGAUACACAACGCGUUUCUGGGAGUUCCAAAAGGUGCAGAGCAUCAAUCUAUUAUAAAUCUUGGCGACUUCGAGACGAAGCCGCCAUAUCACAAGGUUUAUAUGUACAAGGUUGCACAUUGCGUAGGUCCGUUAUUCUUUUCUGGCAAAAUUUAACAAACAGCUGGGCGACAACAUCCAAACAGCGACAACAACAAACAGCGUUUACUUUACACACCGACGACAUAGACACACAGUUCAAUUGCUCAAGGGAAAGCAAAAAUUUGAUCCCCUUGUGACGUCUUGCGUACAGAGGGGCACCUUGUAUGAAUUGAUCUUGACCAUAUCAGUGAGUUUGGAGCCUUCGUUCGAGUGAGAUCUACUACGAUGACGCUGCCAGAAUAGAAAGUGAAGCGACGCCGUCGGGGCAUACUUUUGUGUUUUUCGCAAAAAAAAAGAAAAAUUAUUAUCGUUUACAGAACAAUUUCUAAAAAAAUGUACUGAAAUAUUAACAGUUCGUCAGAACAAUAAUUUACUUGGAAAAGAAGUUAUAUUGCCAGCCCAGUCGAAUGACUUCCAAUUGUAUCACGUCAACUGCUAUAAACGCUUCACAGCUUUACCAGCAAAAUAUAGAGUUCAUGCCUCGAGUCUUGCAGCAAAAAAUGGGGAACCAUCAUCUUCUUCA